AUGGACCCAAAAUUUGAGAAGGCUCUUGUUGUACUGGAAGAAGCAUUAACUGCAGCAGUUGCAACCACAGAACUGCUGCCAACCGGUUGCCCAAAUGUCGUCUGUACGGCCCUUCCAUCGCAUUGGCGUUCCAACAAAUCGUUACCGUCACCAUUUACGGUAUUUGCAUUUGGCCCGGUGCCAGACGGGACAUACGUUACUGUAGCGGCCGGUAAUGAAGAGAAUGCAUGUGCAGAUUUGCGUAACAAUAGGACACAGAUGAACUGCCAGGUUGCCAGAUUCAGCGACUUACGCUUUGUAGGCAAAAGUGGUCGAGGUAAAAAUUUUCACCUUACAUUAACAAUCGAAACAGAUCCAGUACAAAUUGCUAUUGUUGGUAAGGCUAUUAAAGUAACUGUAGAUGGACCUCGGGAUUCAAGAAACAACAAACGAUCGUAUAUUCCAUCAAUAAUUCGACCAGUGCCGUCAAUCAUCCCUCCAUUAUCGGUUUUACCACCAAUGUUCAAUGUUCCGUUUAUUACCGCCACACCGGCAUUACCGUCACAUCUUCCACUACAUUAUCCGGUUCCGCAUCCAGUCACACAAAUGUCUACUCCACAGACCUUACCAGUGGUCACAAAAACUUUGUUCCCUACAAAGCAA